CCCAUCAUGAAGACCAAGAAGUGGGCCGUGGAGCGCACCCGCACCAUCCAGGGCCUCAUUGACUUCAUCAAGAAGUUCCUCAAGCUAAUGGCCUCCGAGCAGCUGUUCAUAUACGUAAACCAGUCUUUUGCUCCAUCUCCAGACCAAGAAGUUGGAACCCUCUAUGAGUGUUUUGGAAGUGAUGGCAAGCUUGUACUGCACUAUUGCAAAACUCAGGCAUGGGGAUGA